AUGAUGAACCAAGCAACCCCCGCACAAUCGCAGAUCCCUACGGUGGAGGCGCAAGCGGCCGGCGUGCAGAAAGGGAAGUCCAAGGUCAAAUUGACCACGGGCGAUGGAGCGAGGCGGGAGGGUGCGGAGGUAGAGAACGAAAAUGCCCGAGAUAGCGAUGGCUCCGGCGACCAAGAGGGGGAAGAAGAGGACGAGGAAGAGGAGGAAGAGGACGAGGACGAGGAAGAGGAUGAUGACGAUGAUGAUGUGGACAACGGCUCUCUGGCUCACUUGGUGUGGGACCACGUUCCCUAUGGUUUCCUGACUGUUUGCGCCAGCUUCACAACCUCCGAGAUUGUAACCGUCCACGUCGGCCCCAAGCGCAAACGCUUCCACCUCCAUCGCGACCUGAUCUGCCAGCGCUCUCCCUUCAUGGAAAAAUGCCUUCAAAAGAACCGCUUCGACGAGGGUUACAAGAAUGAACUCUACCUUCCGGAAGACGACCCAAAGGCCUUUAGCAUCGUGGUCGAGUGGAUAUAUCGAGGAAGACUGCCCGUCUUUGGGACUUUUGGGACGAGCGCAAUUGGUAGUGGAAGUGCAGCAGGCGCAAGGGGGACCACCGGGCUGGACAUGUGUGACAUGUCACAGGCCUAUUGCAUGGCGGAUAAGUUUGGCAUGGAGGAGCUGCAGAACGGCAUCAUGGAUUGUAUACGGACAAAUUAUAGACUGGGCAGUGGCAGUGGCAGUGGCAGUGGCAGUGGGAGUGGGAACGGCCAUAAUCACAGUCACAUCCAUCACAUUAUCGGUGGCGGGCACGGCAGCAACAGAGACGCCAGCAGACCGAGCCUCAUCUCAAGCCUAGCCGCAGCAGGAGCAGACAGAGACGCCCAACCCGGCUCCGACUCAACAGCGUCUGCAAACCUCCGCCCCAAUUAUUCAGCCCUCGCCCUCGUCCACCUCCACGGACCGCACAAAUCACCGCUGAAACGCUUCUUUAUCGAGCACCUCGUCCACCAUAUGAUGACGUUCCCGCGCUAUUACCAUGAUCACCUCAGGAAAAGCGUUGCGGACGACACCGACCGCGCGGAAUUCGAAGAACUCUUCAAGAUCCCGGAGUUGGCGAUGUUGAUCAUGCGCAAGGUAUGGCAAUGGCAAAUCGAAAAGUUUGGCGACCCGGCGAGGGACAAGGGCUGCGCCUACCACGUGCAUUCCACCACGCAGUGCGACUCUAAAUUGAAGGCAGCUUCUUCCAUGGCGGGGAAAGGCUCUGCUGGAAAUCGGCCGAUCGGAUCAGGGUUGGGGGGCAGCCCAAGUACGCAUCCGGCCGUGCUUUUGCAGAGCUUGGCCCGAAACCAACAGAGUCAGAGUAGUUGGAUGGGUUCCCCGUCGACAAGUUUGGGCGGGUGGCAUCCUGGCGUUGGGUGGUAG